UCACCCAAUUCAAUACAUAGCGGUCGGCAGAAAGGUUAUCGCCGAAAGAAAGUGUGUUCCUCUUCCCUAAAAAAUGGCCAUUGCAAAAGUUACUUCCGAGGAUCAGUACAAGCAAUUGAUCGGUGCAGCUACAGUGUCGGUGGUGCUGUUUUCGGCAGAAUGGGCCGAACAGUGUAAACAAAUCAGCGACGUUAUGACGGAACUAGCGAAACAGACGGAAUUUAAAGCGUUACAGUUUCUGGACGUGCCGGCGGAGGACCUUUCGGAGCUUUCCAUGCGCCACCAAAUCGAUUCCGUACCGACGGUGUUAUUUUUGCGCGCCGGUAAGGCUAUCGAUCGCAUCGACGGUGUGGAUGUGGGGACAUUGACGAAGAAAGCUAAACAAUAUGCCGGCGCUUCCUCUUUACCGUCGACUGAUGGCGGGUCGGCUAAUUUGGAGGAGCGAUUGAAAGCACUCAUAAAUCGGUCCAAGGUGAUGAUCUUUAUGAAGGGUGAUCGCAACACUCCACGCUGUGGUUUCUCCAAGCAGCUGAUAGCAAUCAUCAAUGACACCGGCGUCGCGUACGACACGUUCGAUAUUCUGACGGACGAAGCUGUACGACAGGGGUUGAAAACGUUUUCCAACUGGCCUACCUAUCCGCAAGUCUAUGUAAAUGGUGAGCUCAUAGGAGGGCUCGAUAUCAUCAAGGAACUGUUGGAAGGUGGGGAACUCAAGGAAACGUUAAAUCCAUAAA